AUGGCUUCUGAAGGAAGCACCUCCGGGGCAUGGCCGCCCUCGCGCCCAAACAAACGUGGUAAAAUGCGAAAUGGGACCUUUAUCAUCCCCAGCACCGGAGAGCGAUCACGAAAGCAGUUCACGCUGCGCACCUCGGCGACGGCCAAUUCCCGCGCCAGCAUCAUAAACCGAUAUGCCGAAGCCGAGACGAUAUGCGAACAGUGCGCCGCCGCGGUCGACGACGGCAAGUCCAGAGUGCUCGCGCUCUGGCGCUGGCUUUGCUCCGACCAGGGCCACCAGGUUCUCAAGUGCACCUUUGCCUACCUGUUGGGUAGCCUGGCCACCUUUUCGCCCUUCCUCUCUGCCUAUCUGGGCGACCGCGAUGGAAAACACAUUGUCGCAACGUUGACCGUCUUCUUCCACCCAGCCCGCACCACCGGGUCCAUGAUUGAGGCCAUUCUUGUCGCAAUAGUGGCCGUCAUAUUUGCGAAUGUAGUGUGCGUGCUCAGCAUGGCCCUUGCCGUCCUUUCGCGGAAGCAACUGGACUCUGUGGCCCCAGCUCAUGCCAUCAUUCUUCUCAUGGCUGUUGGUGGUGGGCUUGGCUUCAUCGCCUGGGUCAAGCAGAGAUUAGACCAACCAUUGGUCAACGUUGCCGCGACACUCGCGUCCAUCGCAAUCAUAUCCAUGGUUACAAAGGACGACUCAAUCCAAUAUGGCUACUUUUCCAAUGACAAGAUUGUCCAAGUGAUGAAGAUGCUUCUCAUUGGAAUCACCUUCAGCGCAGCAGUCAAUGUUUUGAUCUGGCCAGUCUCAGCACGACAAAUUCUACGCACGUCCAUCAUUACUGCAUCCUCCACCCUGAGUGAUCGACUAUCCUUUGUGACCAGAGGCUUCCUGAUCGGCUCUGAAGAAGAAGUUGCCUCUCCCGAAUAUCACCGUGUGUCCAAGUCAUACACGGCCGCAUAUGGCCUGAUGACGAAAACACUGCGCGAAGCCAAGCUGGAGUAUUAUUUACUCGGCCAAGAACGAAUUUACCAAUUCGAUAAGCGACUCGUCAAGUCCCUCGACUCGGUGUCGCAGGCUAUCGGCGGCUUGCGAAGCGCCUUGAAUACACAGUUUACUCUCCUGAGAGAGGGCGUUUCAGCUUUGACCGAGAACCAAGACACAACGACAACAGACAGUGCCCUGCUCUCACCUAAAAUGUCUGGCAGAGCAUCCUCGUUAAUGGACAUGGUGGAGCGGCUCUCCGUUAUUGAAGAGGACGAUGAGCCACGGAGCAUACCAAACUCACGAUCCGAUCCCGCUCAGGGCCAGAUACCAAUCUUUCGAGUGCCCUCGGACAUUUUUGCUCUGUUCAUGGCCUUGCUAGGACCAUCAAUGAAAUCAUUGGCUUAUACACUGUCCGAAAUAUUGCGCGAGCCGCCUUUUGGAAAAGACAUCAAGAAUGAUGUGGAUGUCUCGGACCAACUACGAGACUCGCUCCGAGACGCCCUGAGUUUAUAUAAUUCGGCGCGAGGUCGUGCUCUACAAGAGGUGUACAAAAGCAUGGAACUCGGUCGUGCUCGGUCCGAGGCCAUCCGCGCAGACAUUGAAGAGGUCGCCGCCGCCUGUGGACACUUUUCCUUCAGCUUGCUCGCUGUAGCAGAAGCCAUGGACUCCUACCUGGACGUGCUGGAAGAUCUCAAGCACUCGACCGAAACGCUUGACAGGAGCUGGAACUGGUUAAAGUUCUGGCGAUACACAUGGAAGGCGGAAGAGGCAGAAAUCGAAGACCCAGAGCGAGAGCCCCUGCUCGCCCGAACGCAGUCCGGUAUCCGGCGGUCUGCCCUGCCCAAAGGUAUUCCUAGCUCUAUGAAGAAGCAACGCGACAACUACCACUGGGACGCAUCCUCGCUAUCUAGCAGCUGGACUAGGAGCUUCUCGCAGCUGAUUCUGAAUGCGAUGCGAUUUCUAUCACGGGAAGACAUUGUCUUUGGUAUCAAAAUUGCCAUUGGCGCAUCUCUUUGGGCCAUGUUUGCCUUUAUCCCCGCCACACGUCCCGUUUAUCAGAAAUGGAGAGGCGAAUGGGGACUGCUGUCUUACAUGGUCGUCGUCGGCAUGACAAAUGGAGCGUCCAACACGACUGGUCUGUCACGACUUCUCGGUACUCUCAUUGGUGCAGUCUGUGCUUGCUCUGCGUGGCUUCUCAGUUUCGGCAAUGCCUACGCUCUUGCGAUUUUCGGCUUCUUUAUGGCGCUGGGCAAUUUUUACAUGAUCCUCGUCGUCAAGAAUGGGCCGCUUGGCCGCAUCUCCUUGCUGGCGUACAAUGUUAUUGUGCUCUAUGCCUACAGUCUUUCGCAGCGGGACGACGACGACGAUGACGAGGGCGGCAAGAAUCCCCUCAUUUUUGACAUUACAUACCACAGAGUCAUUGCCGUCACGUUGGGCAUUGUCUGGGGGAUGCUCUUCUGCCGCAUGCUGUGGCCCAUCUCGGGGCGGGCCAAGUUCCGCGAAGGUCUCGCGGUGCUCUAUCUGCAGCUGGGCCUCAUCUGGAAGCGCGGGCCCCUCACCAUCCUCGUGGAGAGCGACAGCAAGCGCGACUAUAUGGACGCCAAGGAGCAGGCCGCCCUGCAGCGCUACGCCUUUAAGCUCGAGACGCUCCGCACGUCGGCCAAGUCGGAGUUUGAGCUACGCGGGCCGUUUCCCAACAAAGCGUACAGCCGCGUCCUGCACGUCACCAAGCAUAUCCUCGACAGCUUCUACGCCAUGCGCCUGAUUAGCGAGCACCGCGAGGCGCUGUCGGCGGGCGAGCGCGCCCUCCUUGACUUUACCGCCGCCGAGCGCGUGCUGCUGUGCCAGCGCAUCGGCCACGUCUUUCAGGUCCUUGCGUCGUGCAUCAUGCUCGAGUACCCGCUCACAGAUGUGAUUCCGACGAUUGAGAGCAACAAGGACCGCCUGCUCGGCAAGAUAUACCAGUUCCGCCUGGACCAUCUCGAGGCGCAGGUGUCGGGGAACAACAACAGCAGCGGAGGCAGCAACGGCAAGGCUGUCGCCACUGCGUCGCCGCCGGCGCCGGAGCCGGCGAAAGCGCGGAGGGGCAGCAUGAGUGGUGCGACGCCGGAGCAGCUCGGCGUCGAGGUGGAGGAAAAGGACUAUGCGCUCGUGUAUGCGUACAUACUGGUCACGGCCCAGGUAGCCGCUGACCUGCAAAAGGUGCGCGAGGAGAUUGAGGGCUUGUUUGGUGUACUGCACCAAAAUGACAUGUUGCUGGAAUAA